AUGGCUGAAAUCAUCGAACAACACACGACGAAUAUUGGAGAAGAAGAGGAAUUGAUCAAAUCAACUAAUGAACAAUAUGAAGCGCAACCAGAAAGACGGCAGUGGAGGAAGCGAAUUUCUGGUUCCCGAAGGAAACAUUUCAGGAAAUGGUUGCAAGGUAUAAGGGAGCCGUCACCUUCAGUUCAAUUAGAGGAUGAAACCGUUUUGCUUGACAUCAAGGACACUUGCAUAAACUCCAAGCACUGUUUAACAUUUAUUCCGGUAUAUUCCUCCAACGAGUUACAAUUUUCGAAUGAGAAAGCUACAGAAAAGCAUCAUAUUCAUAAGUUGAAAGACUUCCUGAGAGGACAUGUAAGCCGGAAGAAUCAAAAACAAAACAGCUCAAGUGACCUCAUAAAACCUACCGAUGAUGAGGAGAGAAAAAGAUACCAUUCUUUGUUCGAAGAGAAUGUCAAAGAAUUGGAAAUACUCUUCAAUCUGUCCCAUAACUUAAAAAACAAUGCUGACGCAUUACAAGAUGGUACCAAACAGAUAUUUAAAAUUCUGGGCGCUAGAGUGGCUGGAGAAUUCGAAUGUACGGUUGAGAAUGAUUCAUCAUUCGCGGAAAGAAAUGAAGAUGCGCCAUCUACGUCAAGUCUAAAGAGGCCCUCCUGCGACGAUAAAACGGCUAACAAGAGAAUUUGUGCCAUUAAAGAUGCACAAGAAUUGUUUGAAGGUUCUUCUGAGUAUUCUGGUGAGCCCUCUACCGAAGGAUCAAUUUGCAAGACACCGUCAAUUCUAUUAUCUAGUGCCAAGGAGACUGGCGAGGUCUCUGCUCCUAGUGAUCCUUCCCCACGCGAGAAUGAUUCCAAAUCACUCACAUUGGAAAGAGUAAAUGUCAUGCCAGAAAACAACAGUACAGUUCCUGUAGUUGUAGCUACCGCUGAGCAGAAAGAAAACUCAGAAAAACCACCAAUUCGGCUAAGCACAAGCUCGAGCGAGUGCGAGCCGACGCAAAUUCCCAUCCCUACGUUCAGACAAGGUCACAAAAGGCUCGAUGUGUCUGACAUAGUUGAGAACGUCACGAAUGGUAUAAUGAAAAAUCAUGAGCUUGUAGAAUUGAGCAGAAAAGAAGAGAAGAAACUAACUUUCCGUGACAAAAGUUUCUAUGAAUUGGAAUCAGCUGCAUCAGACGAACAAACCAGCACAUUAAACAAUGCUCAAGAUAUAAUGCACACAAAUAGUGUCAAAUUUGAUAGGGUUUCAUACGUGUUUUUGUAUGAUGCGUCCAAGCAAUGCCGCAAAUUUGAAGAUAGCAAGAGACGUACGAAGAAUACAAGAGAGAGAAAUCCUACUGAAAUUAAUUUUGACCCCGGAUAUGACGGAGAUAGCGAAGUAGAUGUCUCAAAAUUGCAGACGAAAUCCAUCCUGAAGUCCAAAAAAAACGAAAGGGCCGAGCUGGAGUCUGUUAGAGCAGACAAUUGUGAUCAAGUCGAUGUGCUUUCCUUCAUUAGGAUUUUUGAAGACUAUGAAAGUAAAAGGAGGAAAGAAGAAACUCGCUUAAAUUUCAUUCGUGGGCAACAGUUGUCGCAGUAUUAUUCACAGCAUUCGCUCCCCUCUUCUGACAUGAGGCUAAGAUCUUGGUCUGUUAGAAAUCACAAAGCGGACAAUAAUGGCUCUAAAAAUACAAACUCAAGGCACAAAAUUCACAGCAACCGAAAGAUUGUCUCAAGUGAUUCUUAUCCAGGUUGUUUCAGGAAAAUUGAUGUGACUACUGCUGUUCGCCAUGAUUGA